AUGGUGGGCAACUGGACGUUGCAGAUUCACCUAAACAUCCACCUCAUAUCGCUCAGCAUGUUUUACACUUGUGGACCAAAUGAAGCCAUGGUGGUGUCUGGCUGUGGCCGGUCUCCUCCACUGAUGAUUGCUGGAGGAAGAGUGUUUGUGUUGCCGUGCUUUCAGCAGAUCCAGAGAAUAACUCUGAACACUAUGACGCUGAACGUGAAGAGUGACAAAGUCUACACGCGUCACGGUGUCCCCAUCUCUGUCACUGGAAUCGCUCAGGUGAAGAUCCAGGGUCAGAACAAAGAGAUGCUAGCGACAGCAUGUCAGAUGUUCAUGGGGAAGUCGGAGGGGGAAGUUGCUCAGAUCGCCUUGGAAACACUGGAGGGUCAUCAGAGAGCUAUCAUCGCUCAUCUGACUGUGGAGGAAAUCUACCAGGACCGUAAGAAGUUCUCUGAGCAGGUUUUUAAAGUGGCCUCGUCCGACCUGGUGAACAUGGGAAUAGGUGUCGUCAGCUACACUCUGAAGGACGUCCACGACGACCAGGAUUACCUCAACUCUCUGGGAAAAGCCCGGACGGCUCAGGUGCAGAAGGACGCCCGGAUCGGAGAGGCUCAGUACAAAAGGGACGCUGUCAUCAGGGAAGCCCACGCCAUGCAGGAGAAGGUCUCGGCUCAGUACAAGAAUGAGAUCGAGAUGGCCAAAUCACAGAGAGAUUUUGAGUUGAAGAAGGCUGCGUACGACAUGGAGGUUAACACCAAGAAGGCCGAGUCAGAGAUGGCCUACCAGCUCCAGGUGGCGAAGACGAAGCAGCGCAUCGAGGAUGAGAACAUGCAGGUGCAGGUGGUAGAGCGCUCGCAGCAGAUCAUGCUGCAGCAGCAGGAGAUCAUCAGGAAGGAGAAGGAGCUGGAUGCCAAAGUCAAGAAGCCCGCAGAUGCAGAGAGAUACAAGCUGGAGAAACUGGCCGAGGCGUACCGUCUGCAGCUCAUCAUGGAGGCUGAGGCUGAGGCAGAGUCCAUCAAGAUGAAGGGAGAGGCUGAGGCUUUUGCCCUGGAGGCUAAAGGCAAAGCCGAGGCCGAGCAGAUGUCCAAGAAAGCAGAUGCCUUCAAACAGUAUAAGGAAGGAGCCAUGGUCGCCCUGCUGCUGGAGAAGCUUCCACUGAUGGCAGAGGAGAUCAGCAAACCCCUGUGCUCGGCACAGAAGGUUACCAUGAUUUCAAGCGGAGGGUCUGAGGUGGGAGCGGCCAAACUGGCAGGAGAAGUGCUGGAGAUUAUGACCCGGCUGCCGAUCGCUGUGGAGAAACUCACCGGAGUCGACAUCUCUCAGGUCACUGGAAAAACACACUAA